AUUACCAAUCGCGUGAACCCAUUUGUCGACCUGGGGUCAGUAAAUAAUACAUAGUAGAAAAAAAAGAGAGAGAGAAAGAGUUGCACACCACCACCAUCAGUGAACUUGUUUUUUCUCCCAUAAACCAGUCGACGUGUUAUAUUUUCCCACCUAUUCAUUCACCCGCACAUAACAACAACAACAACAACAACAAUAACGACCUGCUAUCGAAUACACAGGCCAACAACGCCGUCUUCACCUUUGCUCUGUUCAUCCCUCGCCACCGUUAGCGUCUUCGUACCUGUCACUUCUGGCUUUCUCAAAUCAAAGUACAUAGCUUUAGGGGUCUAUCUAGCGGUGACCCGAUUCUCUCAGCGAAAACGAACCCAGCCCAGCUCAGGUCUUUCCUUCUGCGAUCGAUAUUUACUUUCACGACAUAACUUCGGUGUCGCACCAUCACAUUCCUUUUACUGCCUAGGUAGAGAAGGCUAGUCCAGACGAAAUACAUAUACAUACAUACACAUACACACUAUCAACCAUGGACCGAGGUGGUGAUUCCGCAUUAUUUGACGCCUUACAAGGCAUCUUGCCCGAGCAGACCCUCACCCUCAUCCAAGCCCACAUGCAGGACCCGCAGACUGCCCUCCGAGCCAUAUGGCAACAAACCACCACCCUCACACAAAAAGCAACCGCAACGCUAUCGCCCGUCCUUGCGCCCCUCGUCCAGCGCGGUGUGCAAGCCCUACACGACUCGCCCGACCUAGUCGUCCUCGCCUUCGUGUUAGCUGCUUUCGUGCUUGUCAUCCAGGUCAUGUCGUUCGUCCACCGCACCAUGAUGUACGUGACACGUCUAGCUUUCCGGCUCAUGGGUUGGGCUCUGGUCUUCGCCCUGAUAGCCUUUGUCUGGCGUCGGGGCCCUGAAGCCACGAUCCGAGACGUGGUUGUCUUUGUCAGCAAGAUGGCUGGCUACGCGUCCCUCGUCAAGGAUAUCUGGUGGUCCGAAUACCAGAAGUUUGAUGCUCAGACCAAGCGCGGUGGAGCCCCCGCUGGGACCCGGGGAGCACCUUCGGGAGGUUACACCAGGUCAAGAAAUAGUGCUUGGUGAUGAUUUGGGGACUGGGUUAGUGCUAUUCGUGUGACUGAAAAUAAAAAGGGGUUGGGGCAUCUUGUUGUUUAAUGUCUUAUCACGGUUUGGGAAUGAGUUAUGACUACGAAUUGCUUCUUUUUUUUUGUACAGAAUGAAUAAACAGCAUGACAGUAUAUGCCAAAUGUACUCGAAUUUUUGGUAUCUGAGU